GCUCAAGACAAAUCCUAGAAAACAAAAUGCCCCUCAUUUCUCUGCAUGUUCUCCUUAAAUAUCAGUUUACAUUAACUAUGCAUUUACUUCGACUCCCGUGUUUAGAAUUAAAUUACUAGAUUGGAAUAUAUACAAAAUAAAUAUCCAAAUCCACGACUGAGAUCUUAGCUUGAAAUCUUUAUUUCCCUUGCCCUCUACUUCAGAUCUUGAAGGAAGUGAAGUGCAGAAACAGAGAGAAAAAAAUGGUGAGUGGUGAUAUUCGAUCUCAUCAUCAUCCUGCAGAUUUCUUACUAAUCAAACAAGAUGACAAGUUCUUCUCAAGGCUUUUGUCUAAGGAAAGCACUGCUAAAGGUGAGUCUUCUUUCAGGUAUUACUACUGUGGAGGAUCUUCUGGUUCAAUUCCAUUUGUUUGGGAAUCUCAACCAGGUACUCCUAAACACAAAUUUACACACACUUCUCUUCCUUCACUUACUCCUCCACCUUCUUAUCAAACAAACGCUCAAUUGAAAUCCUUGCAAAAACAAUCAAAAUCCAAUUUUCUCCUUUCCAUUUUCCCUAAGAUUUCCUCCAAGAAAAUCACAAGUUCCCCUUCUGUUUCAUCAUCUUGUUCGUCUUCAUUCUCAAUUUCUUCCGUCCAAACCACUGGUUAUAAUUCAAACCGAAGAAACUACCGUUCAAGAUCAGAAAUGGAGUAUGAUCAUGAUAAGAAGCAGAUCCCGUCUUCACCAACUUCCACACUCUGUUUUGGAUGUGGAAUGGGGAAAUCUAUGCGUUUUCGAGUCAAUUCUAAGAAUGUGAAGAAGACAUUUUCAACCUUUGUUGGCAAUUGAUGAUAUAUUUGAAACAUGGUGUUCAUCUUGUACAUCAGUUUUAGAUACUUUUAGUAUUAGUUUAUGUAAAAUGGUGUCUCUUGUCAAGUGUGCUGCGGCGAUUCCCUGUUUUAAAAAUUAUUUGCUAAUAAUCACGGGAUCGAAACAAAUUAUGUCCAGAUGAUUUUCCUUUUUGUCAGUGUCAAAGUUGAUGCUAUUGUCUUCUCAACUGAUAAUCCAUUUAUUACUUCAAGUUUGAA